CUCCCAUUACACACAAAAUGUUGGUGUUUAAUCUUGAGAACUCAGAUACUUUUUUGGAUGCAUUAUACCUUCUAUCUAGAUUUCGUGAAGAUGCCAACAUUGAAUGGUCUCCAUCAAUGUUUUCCAUAACAAUUCCUCAUCAUUACAUUGAAUUGAAUGUAGCCUUUCAAAUGAUGCCUCAAUUCUUCAAUUACUACUUCUCCAACACCACUCACAUUUCAAAGGUCCACCUUCAACCAUUAUUCUAUACCAUCAAAUCCAUGAAAGAAUACCAAUACUCUUCAAUGUCUCUCUUUCUUUUCAAGAAUCUUGAACGCUUACUCAUCAAAUUUUACUCUCCAAGGGAAGAGUUACCCUUGAUUCGCAAAUUUGGAGUUAGGUAUGCGGUAUUUGAGGAUUUCGGAAACGUUGAUUUUGAAAUCUUUGUUUCAAUUGAUUCACUACAAUUUAGACACAUUAUACAAGAGUGUCGUGAUUAUAUGGUUCGUGUUACUCCAACACAUUCACAUGUUAGGUUCUGUAAUGAAGUUAAGGAGAUCAUUUUUAAGAAAGAGGAAGGAGAAUGCAUAAUUGAAGGUGUUGGGAAAGGGCCAGCAGUUGAAUUUCUAAUACCUGUUUAUCCAACUCAUGUUUAUUAUAACAUCACUUUUCAAGCACAGAGAGUAUGGUUGUUCAAGUCAGCUGAUAAAUGUGGUACUUUCAUUAUUGCUCCUGUUGGACUCUUUGCUCAAUUUGCCAUCUAUUUUCCUCUAGGCUGACUUGUCAAAUGUGUAAUACUUUUGAAUUACAUCAAUAUAUAUGCACAUAAUAAUCCUA